ACCGCCAUAAAACGACAAAGAAGAAGAAGAAGAAUAGCUGCAGGAGCUGGAAGCUUUUUCUUUUGGGUUAUUGCGUUAUCAUAAUAAUAAUAGAUAGAAUAUAAUAUAAAAUAACGCAAUUCUGUUAGUAAAUUACGAGUAUUUCAAUUAAAGCCAGUUAAAACCAGAACCAGUGUUUUGUUAGCGAUAGUUCAGGCUGCAGCGCGAUGGCGAACCGUAACCUACAGCAGGUGAAUAAUCCGAGCAGCGCCAAAGAUGCAUCUCCGCAGCCGCAGAACGUGAACUCUCCAGCGGAUCCCAGCGAGGUCACGGACGCUCCCCCGCCUCCGGACCCGAGUCCUGCCGACACCGAGCCUCACGAGAUGACCGUGAACCUGAAGAACUUUCGGAGACCCGGGGAGAAAACAUUCACCCAGCGGUGCAGACUCUUUGUCGGUAAUCUCCCAUCGGAUAUGACGGAGGACGAUUUCAAGAAGAUGUUUUCCAAAUAUGGCGAAGCAAAGGAGGUUUUCAUCAACCGAGACCGAGGAUUCGGCUUCAUUCGGCUGGAAACAAGAACACUUGCAGAGAUUGCUAAGGCUGAGUUGGACGGCACGAUGCUGGGGAACAGACCCAUCCGUAUUCGUUUUGCCACACACGGGGCUGCGCUCACAGUCCGAAACCUCUCUCCAGUGGUGUCCAAUGAGCUGCUGGAGCAGGCCUUCUCCCAGUUCGGCCCAGUUGAGCGGGCAGUUGUGGUGGUUGAUGACCGAGGUCGACCCACAGGAAAGGGGAUUGUGGAGUUUGCCAAUAAGCCUGCUGCCCGGAAAGCCUUGGACCGCUGUGCAGAUGGAGCCCUUCUGCUUACAAUGUCUCCUCGUCCAGUCAUUAUUGAGCCGACAGAACAGUUUGAUGAUGAAGAUGGGCUACCAGAAAAGCUGUUGCAAAAAUCAGCACAGUAUCAUAAGGAAAGGGAGCAGCAGCCACGCUUUGCUCAGCCAGGAACCUUUGAGUUUGAGUACUCCUCGCGCUGGAAGGCUUUGGAUGAGAUGGAGAAACAGCAGAGGGAACAAGUGGAACGCAACAUACAAGAAGCAAAGGAGAAACUGGAGGCCGAAAUGGAGGCUGCCAAACAUGAGCAUCAACUCAUGAUGAUGAGACAAGAUCUCAUGAGACGUCAAGAGGAGCUGCGGCGCUUAGAGGAGCUCAGGAAUCAGGAGCUGCAGAAACGCAAGCAGAUUGAGAUGAGGCAUGAGGAAGAGAGACGUAGACGUGAGGAGGAUAUGAUGCGUCAUAGAGAGCAGCUUGACACGAGACGCCAACCAGAUGGAUUCAAGCCCAGUUUCAUGGAGAGUAGAGAACAGGAUAUGAGAAUGAAUGAAAUGGGAACCCGUGGAGGCAUUAAUAUGGGAGAUUCAUUUAACCCUGUAGCUGCGGUUAGUGGAAACCCUUCACAAAUGGGCUUAGCAGGGCGAGUCGGAGCCAUGGGGCCUGAUGGAUCAUCAAAUAUGGGGACUCCCCUAAUUCCAGAUAAUGGAGUGAUGCAUAAUGAUCGUUUUUCUGAGGGAUCGCCUCUUCAGAUGGGUUCCUCUGUGGCUGGGCGGUCUGGUGUUGACUCUCCUCAGCAGCAGCACUCACCCAUGGUGGCUGGCCCAGGUCCUGUUCCUGGUGUGGUUGGCCAGAGUGGCUUUGCCAGGGGAAGUCCAGUAGGGGGAAACUUUGAUGGGCCUAAUAACAAACGUCGUAGAUACUAAUAUUUCUUUUCACCGAAAAUUGUGUUUCCACAUGUUCAGAUUGAAACAUAUUGACUAAUGAUUACUGAUAUAUUCUCUUUCUCGUUGUUUUGUUCUUAAGCAGCAUUUAUGUCUAACAUGGACAGAAAUUGCAUGAGUCUGGCCCUGUGUUAAUGUGAAACACUGUCAUAAAUUAUUAAAUGUCAUUGAAUCAGCUUGUGUGUAACAAAAUAUCCUAAGCCAUUUGUAGAUUACUUACAAGUACGGUAGUGGAUUCCUUUUUUAGUUUUUUUUUUUUUUUUUUUUUUUUUAAGAUCUUCAUUUGUUUUCUGCUUUCUGUAGAAUGUCAGUAAUUGAAUAAAAAUGUUUUAAGAUAACUGCAUUAGUGUUUGAGUCAAAGAUUUGAAAUAAAUUUCCCAGUUGUCACUAUUGAGUAACUUUACUUCACUUGAUCAAGUCAUGAGUCUGAUGGCAGCAGUGUCUUCCACUAAUUGUGCUGGGCAGUGUGGCACUGGGAAGAAGUAGUUGGAUUCUGCUUAAAUGGCCUUAAACAAAGAACUGGGUAAUGCUGAUAUUCUGCAGCACAGAGAAGUUCUUUGUAGUGUGGAACAUGCAGAUGAUGGUGAAUGUUCUGAAGUUGGUGCAGAGAUCCCUGACAAUAUGAAACAUGCAGAUGUUCCUGGAAGAGAAGGUUUGUUUGUGGGGGGCAAAUGCUUGUCGUUGCUGCUGCAGUGUUAUAGUUUCCAAACUCCCAGAACUAUCACCUUUCCUGAGCAGGAGAGAUUAGAAAUUUGACAAACAUGGUCUUUGAACGCCUCUUUCCCGAGUGUUGAUGUGUUCUUGGAGACUCAUCCAGACCUCACAGGUAUAAUCUCAUGAAUUAGAUGAAAAGCAUUUUUUUAUGUGGACAUAAGCGCAUUUUAAAUCUUUUUUUUUUAAUUCUCAUUUUAAUAUUUUUCUUUGUUUUUGUGAUUGUUUUAUGAUUAUUUUGAUGCAUCUUUAUGUAAAUUACUUUGAAUUAUCAUUGUGAAUGAAAUGUGCUAAAUAAAUAAACUGGCCUUGCCAUAAAAAUGAAAAAUAACUUUAUUUUUUACAUUGUGUUGGUGGGAAGGCAAUCCUUGAUAAUUCUUUUAAAUAAUUUUUACUUUAAAUUUUACUUAGAAAAUGUUUUAUACAUUUUCAUAUUCAUUUUAUAAAUGCAGCCAUUCUAUGGCUCAUUUGUUUUUGAGUGUCAUGUUUCACUUAAUACUUUGUAAUAUGAGUGCUUUUAUAUGUUGUUGAUUUUGUAAAUCGCUCAU